AUAACAUCUAUAAUGGCCAUACGGAUUUUGUCACUGACUUUUAUGUGUUACAUUGGCCUUGUUAAAAUUUCUGACAUUCACAGUGGAACUUCAGGGACUGUUGUAGUUGGAGGCAUUGCAGCCCUUCCAAAAAAGUUUCCCAUGGCCGCUCGGCUGGGUCAUCACAGGUCUAGUGGAAAUCAAACGAAGUGGUUUUGUGGAGGCACCUUGAUAAGUCACCAGGUGGUUUUGACGGCGGCUCACUGCUUUUACUCGGAUGUUGGAAUUGUGAAUAUUGUGCGACUAGGAGAACUAGUCUUCGACUCCGACGAGGAUGAUGCCGAACCGGAGGACAUUGAAGUGCUUGAAAUAAGGGCUCAUCCUCACUUUCGGUACCCCGUUCUCUACAACGAUAUUGGCCUUGUUCGUUUGCGCAGACAGGUGACCUUUGGACCUUACAAGAUGCCAGCCUGCCUGCCUUCGAAUGGAGGAGAGCAGCUAGAUUCCUUUACUGCCAUCGGUUGGGGUCAGAAGAAAUUCGACGAAUUCGAACCGUCCAAGGAACUGAGGGAGGUGGAGCUGCAAAACUAUAAUCGGUCUUGUAGCGACACAACCUAUCCAAGUGAGGAUUGUCCCCAAGGAUACAAUGCGGAGACCCAGUUGUGCGUUGGGUCCCCGGGGCAUAAGGACACUUGUAAUGGGGAUUCGGGUGGUCCGCUGCUAAUUGCCCAUACCGGAAAUGGAUGCCGAUACCAAGUCAUGGGUGUCACGUCUUUUGGACUCGCAUGUGAUACUCCAGAUAUUCCCAGUUUGUACACGAGGGUGCACUAUUUCAAAGAUUGGAUACAAGGAGAGUUGGCUAAUACUGAACGCAGCUAGGAAUUUAAAGAUCAUAGUUUUAAAUUCGCUUUUCAGAUAAUUACAAAGGGUUGUUCGGAUGAACUUAAUUUACAUAUUUAGGAAGUGUGAAAUCCCUCUUAUCAAGAAAACUGUCGGCAGUUAGAUUGAUAGUUCUGACAGAUCUGAGUUUCCAUUUUCAAGGGCUCUUUGCCGUUUGCAGAUAAGAAAACCUUUAAUAAAAUUAACUUUUAGUUUUAAAUACCAGGCUAGAAGCUAGUAAAAUCUUAACCUUCGAUGCAGUUGAACACAAAACAAGAUAUAAUGCUAACAAGAUAUAACAUCAAAAUAAACUAAAAAAAAAUUA